UACCUCUUCAGAAACCCCGAGCAGCGUCGCAACUUUAGGGCACCCCUCGUUUUUUAUUUAAUUUUUAUUUGGAAUUUGGACGUUGAAGGGUUAAACUGCGCGCCGCUGCCUCGCUGAUCCAUCGCAUCCUUUCUCCCGGAGCGGAGCCCGGAGGAUGCUGCCAUGGCAACGGUUGCCGAGGCAACCGCGUCCCGCUCUGGGACUCCGAGGGCGGGCUUGCGGCCUAGUCCGGCCCUGCCGCCUUCCAGGCCCGGGACUCGCGUAGCCUUCCUCUGCCCCCAGGAAGGGAGUUGCGUGGGGAGACCCGGCCUAGGCCCCGAGAGAGAGUGCAUAAUGGAGCCGGAUGAGGAAGUGAACGAAAAUUUAAGAAUGCAGCUUAAGGCUCUCCAGGAACAGCAGCAGAAGAGGAUGCAGAACCUGAUGGAGAAGAAGAAAGAAAAACAACAACAGAGCGUGAAACAAAGCGAAAAGGGCAAUCCAGAGGAAGCCUUUGGGGUCCAAGAUGAUCUCGGCUUAUACACCGUGGGCAGUGAGAUGUCUAAGGAGCACAUUAGCAAAAGGUUACUUGAAAAUGAAAACGACCAGCUCCAGCAGCAGCUUCGAGAGACUGUAGAUGAAAACGGCAGGCUGCACAAAGUGCUCAAGGAGCGGGACUUUGAAAUCAAGCAGCUGCACAAGAAGAUUGAGGAAGAAAGGCUGGCGCUUCUGGGGACCUCGGGCGUCCCGGGAGACGUGGCGGCCACAAAAAUAGUGGAGUUGGCGAAGCAGAACCGGCACAUGACUGCGGAGGUUGAGAAGGAGAAAACCAAAGUGAAGCAGCUGAACAACAGAAUCAAGGAGCUGGAAAAAGAGAUACAAAUGUCAUCUCUCAAGCCCCAGUCACUUGAGGAGAAAGACAGUCAAUCUUCUCGUAAGGCCACAGAAGUGCCUCUGAGCCCAGAGAUGAAAGCCUUGCAAGAAAAGUUAACAGCAGCCAACUUCAAAGUGUCUGAAUUUCGCAACCAGCUCCAGACCACAAAGCAGGAGCUGAAGAUGACACAGAAGCUUUUAGCCAAUGAAGUUGGAGAGGACAUCAACAUUCAAAAUCUGUUGUCCACUCCUGGCACCUGGCGUGGGCGGGCUCAGCAGAUUCUGAUUCUACAAGGGAAAGUCCGGGAUCUAGAGAACCAGCUGGGCCACAGCAGAAGCCGGUUGUCCGAAAGCAGCACUGAGGAAGAGGCUGUAAGCUUGACAGACUCAAGGAAGACGUCUGCCUCAAAAAAGAACCUGCAGAGGAUUCGUAGCUUGGAAAAAGAAAAGAAAGAAGCUCUAGAGAAGCUUUCAGGGGAACAUAACACCCUCCGGAAGGAUUACGAAGAGCUGAAACAGAAAUUGGACGGCUCCAAAGCUCGGAACAAAGUUUUGUCUCAUGAAGUGAAAACCCUGAAGGAGCAGAUCUCGACCCUGCUGGACAAAGGGAAGCACGACGACGAACUCGUUGAUGCUCUGCUGAGCCAGCAGAAGGAGAUGCAAGCCAUCUUGAAGAACCUGAGUCAGCAGGACGAGAGGACUAAGGAAUCCCACCAGAACCUGGAGCAGCAGCUGAGCGUGGAAGUCCAGAAGCAAAACUGCCUCAUUGAGCAGCUCAAGCAGAUGGUGGCUGAGAGAGAGGCCAGGGUGAAAGAACUGGAGGAGGAGGUCCAGCAGUUCGCUUCGCAGCACCAUCGAAAAGAGGAAAGCAGUCCAGACUCUCUUUCUACACUGUCAGCCGAGUCUUUAGAAGAAGGGAAUGGUUCUUCAGGUUCCCGGAGGGAUGACCUUCUUGGAAGUAACAGCUCUGCGAGGAUGGUGUCUAAGAUGGGUCACACCCUCGUGGACUCCGUGGCGACCUCAUUCCCAACCACUGUCUCUCCUGGGAGGAUUGUUGAGCCUGAUAAUCUGGACAUGAAAACCGUGAAGAUCCAGAUUGCAGAGUACAAGGCCCUGGGACAAGCCGCUGAAGCAGAAAGGAGCAAGCUGAUAGAAAUGGUCAACAUCCUGCAGAAAAGGGUGGACGACAGCACCACCAAGGUCUGGGAAGCAGAGAAGAAGCUCCAGGAGCAGCAACGCAGGUACAUCGCUCUAGAGCAGCAGUUUGAACACCUGAAAACGGAGUCCGGGAAGAAUUCUGGCGCCCCAAAAAACCCCUCUAAGAACAAAGCAGGCGCCGCAUCUACAGCUCAGCCACACAACAGCACCAGGCUGGACUGGAACGUGGGUGACAGGAGUGGACCUCCAUCAGCACAACGUUCGGAGGUGCCCCUGGAGUCCCAAAUAGAAGAACUAUCCACAAGGCUUGCGAUCCAGAUGGACGAGAACGAAAGCCUGAAGAUGGCUUUGCAGGACUCUGCGAAGACCAAAGAGGAAGACUUCCGGCUGUACCAGGAGACGGUGGGGCAGGAGGGAGUGAGGAAUAGACCUGCUGAAGACGUAGCAGACGUAGCAAACUCUUGCCAGCCAGCGGCCCCUAGAGGUCAUCUCUUCUCACCCACGCCCAUGUAACUGUCUCUUCAGUGGAACUUUAGGUCUCCUCCGGUCUUUAGUGCACGAGCUGCCACGAAAGGACUGGCCUGUGUUGAAAACAGCUGGACCUGCUUUGUGUGCCUGCGAUGCCGCUCUGUUUAAAUCUGUAAAUACAGGACGUUGUUGUCACCCUUGGCAAAGCCAUAACAAGAUAAAGGGGUAUCUUAUUUUCUCAACAAAAAGAAAAAAAAGGACAUUCCUU